UCCUCAACGCACAACCAUCGGUGGAGUAUGUUGACCAAGUUGUCAUUCUCAAUACCCCUUUUACUUACGGUCAUGUCCACCCACUCGUAACGAUCGAUCAACAACCUGUUUAUUCGUACACCCAGAUUCUGCAGGUACCCGAUCGAAGGCCAGAAAACAUAUUCUUGGACACAUAUGGAACCACUUCUGACCUUCCUCCUCCAAUUCAUCCUUUCGAAGCUUAUCUGGAAAACACUUCGCUCAGAAUCGAACAAGAGGAGAGUCUUGUUUUAGAAGAAGCAGUCAACAACAGUAUUAUUACUGGUUCCGGAUUAUCGAAGGAAGCAAUCACACACCAUAUACAAGUGAAGACAGCACAAGAGAACACGGGUUGCAAUUGCAAAGGUGAAGAAGAAUCAGAUAUCUGUGCUAUUUGUUUAGAUGGAUAUGAUGAAUACAAGAAGAUGGCAAGACUAGACUGUGGACAUGGGUAUCAUGCACAAUGCAUCAAGACUUGGCUUUUGCGUAAAAACGUUUGCCCCAUGUGUAAGGCUACUGCAUUGAAGAUAUAA